GCGAGUGGGUGUUGGGGAGGGGCUGGUGCGGGUAUCCGCGCUCUCGAGUGUCGCGGGCGCCCCGCCGUCCGUGUGUCGGCCGCGGCUGGAAGGCAAACCCACGCUCGCGUGGGAAUUGGGAAAUACGAGAAAGGGAAGGUCCCACAGUGAAGGUUUGUUAUUGGGUACUUAACUUACCUGGGACUGUCUAUGCAACCUGUACCUGGAAAAGAAAGCUACUUUGAAGAUAAUCCUGGCUACUGGACAAAGAGGCAGGCAGACAGAACAGCUGCUAAUUUGGGAGUAUAUCUGUGCCAUCUCUGCUUCCCUUUCUCUUCUCACUCCCAGUAUCCAGGAGGAGAGGAACAAGAAGAAAUCUGGUAUACAAUGAAGGAAAGUUCUGUUACCAUGAGUUCUUCAGCGAAAAAUCCCAAGAUUCUAUAUAGGAAUUCUCGUCUACUCCGUAUGGUGUUCUUACAGCUCCAUCGCCAACAAAGGGCUGACUUAUUUUGUGAUGUUGUCCUACAAGCAGAAGGCGAAGCCGUUCCAGCUCAUUGUUGCAUCCUGUCGGCCUGCAGCCCUUUCUUCACAGAGCAGUUGGAGCGAGAAAUGCCCCCCAAGGGACACAAGGUGGUGCUGGAAAUUCGGGGGCUGAAAAUUGGGACGUUGCGUAAAUUGGUAGAUUUCCUCUAUACAUCUGAAAUGGAGGUGUCCCGGGAAGAAGCUCAGGAUAUUCUUGCAGCUGCACGACAACUUCAGGUGUCAGAACUUGAUUCUUUACAGUUAGAGGGAGGAAAGUUAGUAAAAAAAAACCUGGGCCGGCGAUUAAACAGGAACUGUUUGCAGAUAACCAGUCCAAUGACCAGAUCAGAGACAAGUUUAAUUCAUUCUUCUGCUCCCUCUGGAGGUAGCUUGACAUCCUGGGUAGCUGCAGGCAAGCAAGCAACACCCGCCAGUAAUUUUAUACCAUGCUCCAAAGAAAUAAGUAGCCACAACAGUACUGAUCAGAAGGAUGUAAAGAAGCAAAAGCUUACUACAGCAUUGCUGAGUAGUGACAAACAGAUUUCAAAAAGCCAAACAAUUACUGCUGAUCCCCUGAAAACAAAAGUUAAAAAACGCCCUCCAGGCACAAUAAGCAAUAUAAUGGGCAGCAAUGAGAAUGGUGGUCUGCACAGAAAGGAGACUGAGACUGGAGAUACACACACUAGAGCCAGUUUGCAGAAUUCAAAAAAGAUAAAGCUCAGCCGUCCAAAGCUUUCUUUGGCACCUCUGUCUACGUCUUGUGCCACCAAAGACCAUUGCACUGUGACAUCCAGCAAAUCACCAAGGUCUGUUAAACGUCUCUGGAGACAAAAAUGUCCUGUCAAGGAUGAGGCGAAAAAAGAAGAUAAUAACCAUUUUUGUGGCUUCAGAAGUGCCCCUCUUCCUCCAAAAUCUAAAGGCAGAAAGCGCAGCUCCAGUGAUCCAACAUCCUGCCCAAACAUUCCCCAAGAAAUAGGUCACAUAAGCCGGGUAAAGCUCAGAAAAGUUAUCAAUGGCAGCUGCUGGGAAGUGGUGCACGAAUUGCCUGCUGUGCAGCCGACGGUGGUGCAAAACAGUGUGCAUACUUUGAAAGAUGAGGGCUUCCAAUCUCAACCCAGACAUCCUAAACCAGAAGUAGAUGAUGUGCAGCAGUUGGCCUGGUCUCCUAAACUGCUCCCUGCAACUGCUGAGGCUGCAUCGGAUCCUGAAAAGAGUGUGAUAAAACAACAGCCAGAACUACCUGAGGAGAAAGUGGCUUUGGAUGAAGGAGCUGAUGCUGCUGGGAAUCAUUGUGAUAUGGAGGCAUUUUUGCUGGAUCAUCUGAUCAAGGAAGAGCAAGAGCAGUAUGAUAACCUUGCUUCCGCUGGAGAGUUGGAACAAAUGCUAGACUUGCUGCUGGCUGAGGAGGAUGCCACUGGAGGAAUCCAGAGCACCACUAUUACACAAAGCCUGCAUUCUUCACCCCAGGCAAAUGAGAAUGUCCCGGGAAAUGUUGAAAUUGAAGAAAAAGAGAGAUGUUGUACAGUAGGUCCACAGUUGGACAAGAUAAAAAUUAGUGAAGCUGGUGACUCAACAAAUGGGAGCUCUUUGCUGGAUCCUGUCGUUAACUGUCUUCCGCUUGUAACACCUGAGCCUAAUGGUGACUGCCUUUCCUUGUCCAGGUCAGCCUCUCCCCAGUUGGGGGAUUGGGCAACAGCUCAGUGUCAGCUGUCGGAAUCCACAAAUGGGACUGCAAAAUUUGCUGAGCCUUUGCCUGUCACUUGGAUGGGUGAUGAGGACCAAGGACCUCUAACUUACGAUAUGGGAAUCUCAGAUACAGAAACAAAGUCACUUACUGAAGCUGUUCUGAGCAAUCCUGUGCAGCACAACAUGGACUGCAAGCUGUCAUCUUUCUUAUCCAGCCUAGAAGAAGAAACCAUAGACGUUGGUGGGAUAGAGGACUUCUUUCUUGAUAUUGAUGAAUGUGUCCGGCCAGAUCCUUCUCCUAUAUCUGAAACUGAGGUGGAUGUUCUGAACUAG